AUGUUUGAUUCUUUUUUUGUAUUCGCAAAAGGAGCUACAACGAGAGCAACAACAGCGGCAGCAGAAGUAGCAGCUGAGAAAGUGCAAUAUUUUCGCAAUUUUGUGAAGGAUAAAACUGUGAUCGGAGAUUUGGAAAAAGAGCAAGAAAAAUUUUGUGCCGAAGUAGACAAUAAUGCACUUAAAUUAGGAACGGUACCGUGGGCAGAUCUUCCCGACAAUUUAAUUGCGAAGAAACAUAUUCUUGCGUUAUCUUUGGAUAAUCGAAAUUUUCUGCGAGAUGCUCCUGCCGAGUCGAAUUUUAAUAUCCCUCAUAUGCAAAGAGUUGCUGCUAUUAUGUUGCAAGAAGAUUCCAAUCUACGAAAAAUUCGAUACCAGCUAGUUCCAAAAUUAAUUAACGAAGAACGCUUCUGGAAAAAUUAUUUUUACCGCGUUUCACUUGUACGUCAAUCUAUUUUGAGCGAAAAUAAUAUGAUUGAUGAGGAACCAAUAUGCUCAAGAAAUGUGAAAGCGGAUAAUGAAGAAAAAGUGAAAAAUAAAACUGCAUAUGAAAGCAGCAAUAUUGAACCUUUUAAAGAAAAUAUUAUGGAAGGAAACCAACAGCUAGAAGAAAUCAAGGAAACAAUAUCAGUUGAAAAUCAAAAAAAUGAGGGCGAUUGGGAAAAAGAAUUGGAGUUGGAAUUCAACGAUUACGAAUUAGUUACGGAUCAGAUGGAAAAGUCGAAUGCUCAAUGGGAAGAAGAGAUAGCCGAAUUGCUGGAAAAUCCAUAA